UAACAGUGAUAUAUCACCCGGAAACUGAAGGUAGCCAUAUUUUGUUGUAUAUGUGCCGUGGUGGACGGGCGCCUUGGCUUGUAUUUAACGGUCAGGGAGUUGCAUCUGUUUUCCUGUGUCAUUGGAGCUUUCUUGACAAAUAUUUUGAACUACGAAAGGGCAGCUAAUAGGUAAGAAGUCCAUGCAUGUAGUUCAUAGCACCACGACGGAACCGUUGCAGAAACAAGCCGAGGACUGAUGAAUAUGGAAGGUUUACAAGAUCCAAAAUUACGGGAGUUGUCUCAGGAGCUCAGCUUCGAGUGGCAGUCCCUGGCGUCGUUCCUCGGGCUGAAAGCUGUGGAGAUUUCGGUACUUAAGAUGGAUUUUCCCGGCCAAACGGAGAACCAAAUCUUCAACAUGCUGGUCAGGUGGCGACAGAAGCUGACCUCUGAUGUGGAUCAAGUGGCCGUGCUGUGUGCCGCUUUGAAAAAGAUUAAAAGAACAGACCUCGCCCAGCAACUCCGAGGUUCCCCUAUUUCUCGAGCUGGAAGUCAACCACAGGCUGUGGAAGGGCUGGAUCGUCGUAUCACCGACAUGGUCAACAAGGAAAACACAACUGUCUCCAAUUUACCCAAUGAAUUCCAUCCUAUUAUCUCCCAUCAGCCGCAAGAAGGCCCUUGCGAGGAACACGGGGCUUGUGCAUCAUUGCAGGAAGAGAUUGAUAUGAUGGUGAAUGAUGUCCGAGGUGAUGAGGUUCACGAUGUCAACAUGAGCCUGUCAACAUCAGGUGAAACUAACAACUGUCUUAAGCACGCUGGAGAAACAUACACGCUCAUGUGCAUGACGUGCGACGAGUUGAUCUGUGAGCGGUGUUCAGAAGACGACCACGGCAAACCAAAACAUCACUGCAUCACCUGCGAAGCGGCCUCUGAAAAAUAUAGGCCGCUGCUGGCAAAUAAAGUACCUGUCCUGGGAGGACAGAUCGAGGAAAUUAGAGAAUUCUUAGCAGAUGCAUCACGGGUAAGGGAUGACUUUGAAAAGAAGGUGUCCAGGACUGUGAAGAAAGUCCGGGAGAAAGCUUCGAGAGUGAUUGCAGAGGUCCAAGCCGAGGAGAAGCGGCUCAUUGAGGAGGUCAAGAAGCUGGAGGUUAAUCGGGGGAAGACGUUCCACGAACAGGAGAAGCGAGCGACAGUGCUGCUCCGCGUAAAGCAACAUGCACUGGAGACGGCUAGCGACAUUACGAAAUUAUCUCACCACCCCACAUUUCUUUCGCAAUAUCUUAUGAUAAGCAAGGUCGUCGAUAUGAUGAACGAUCAGCACUGCCCUCAAAGCGACCCCAAACUGUCUUACCUGAGCUUCAAAGAAAGUCCAGGGGUCGGCAACAUGGGUCUAGGACGACUGGAGCUCGGAGGGACGUGGAUCAAGUAUCACCAGUUCGGCAGCAAGGGUAGCGGACCAGGGGAGUUCGGGUGGGCGAAGGGUAUCGCCGCUCGCUGGCCAGGUGAGAUCGAAGUGGCGGACUUCAUCAACAAACGGCUGGUUGCGUUCAGCACCGAGGGCAACGCUUUGAGGACCAUUCCAAUCCAGGGAGUUCCUCGUGACAUUGCAGCCCUUCGUACGCAGUUAGCAGUUGUCGACGACACCAGCCACGUACAAUUGUACACCAAGGAUAACAUGGUGGCCUCUGUGGCCGGCAAGAGGAAAUGUGACUUCCGAAGCGUGGCGAUCAGGAAAGACGGCACCGUGGUAGUUGGGGACGUCAGUAAAAACGUCCUGACGGAGCACAACCGCAACGAUGGUUCGCUGAAGCGCAUUGUAUACUUGAAAAUUAAGCCUUAUUUCGUAGCUGUUGGCUCGGGUAGUGCCUUCCGCGAAAGGCUUGUCAUCAGCGGUGGGUUCCAAAAGGAAGUACAUGUCGUCGACAGCAGAAAUGAGACACUGCUGUUCAUCAUCCGGCCGUUGAUAGACGGCCAGCCCGUGUAUCAGUGUACGGGCGUGUGCUGCGACACAACGUGUAUCUAUGUGGCAGUGACGAGUGGGGAGCGGGACCAGGGACACGUGCACCAGUAUGACGCACAUGGUGCCUUCGUGGUGUGCGUCGCCCAAGGACUGCACAAUCCUCAGGGUAUCACCUUCACUGCUGACGGGCACCAGCUAGCUGUAGCAGAUACGUACUCGGUGAAAAUUUAUCACAAAAUCUGAUGCAAUAGGAGUGCUGGUGAAAUGAUUAACUCUCUUAAGUUAAAUUAGGACUGCAAUAUGUUUUAGUGUUAUUUUUUCCCGAAAUCGACAUGUGUUCAAAGUGAAUUUUAUAAACGGCUCUGAACAAAAUCUUCCGAAUGACAAAGCUUUAAAAGUUGACAAUUAAUUAUUCCAAAUUUGUAAAUGGAAGUUGUAAAUUCCAAUUUUUUGUUUGUUUGUUUGUUUGUUUGUUUGCCAAUGGUGCAAUUCCGAUUCCAGACGUUCAGCUGUUCCUCCCUGGCGGGAAUUUGUCAACCGGUAAGAUAUAUUUGUGAAGGUUAACUCUGGAUAAUGUGCAGAAAUUGAAAAUGAAUUCAAUGAAGUAAAAGUAGAAGAAAACAAAACAUUUUGUUUGUUUGUGAUGAGUGACCCAAUUCUGGAUAUUCUGCAUGAAUGCAACUUAAAUUAAUUUCAAAGAGCCUGCCCAUAAAAGUGUGUUAUCUUUACGAUGUUUUACUUAGAAACUCGGUGUGGCCAGCAGUCUCAUCCUUUGAAAAACCAAAGAGAAAUCAACCCAAACCACGGAUGUAACAGGAACUGUAUUUUUUCAUGUUAGGAAUACCAAUUGCAAACCGUGGGGAAUGCGCAGAACAUAUCCUCUGCACACACACCUCUUUUGACUCUUGACCAUUGACUAUCCACCACGUCACAGUAGUUUGGAAUGGAAUUAAACAAGCAUAAAAGUUUUCACGUUAUUUUCGAUUUUUUGAACCGCAAAAUUAUGUAUGCGUAAAGCUCCAAGAAAUGGAGACAGCAUAGAAUACACAACCCUGUAAUGCACUUUUUGAUGUAAGAUCAGCGCACUAUAUGAAGCACGUUACACAUGAUGUGCAUGCUCACCUCAAGCUAAAGGCGCCUUUCCAAAACGUUUUGGGGUGCGUUGCGUACACGAUGCGUUCGUGCGUUUCACUUUGAUGGACACAAAAAUCGACUUCUUUAACGUAACACGCGUGUGCGUUACGUUCGACGGUUACAAUCGCUCCGGGAGCGACAUUGAUGUCGGCAACGCUUGGGGCAAGUCUUGACACCACCCGCUUUCUGCUUGGAAUUUCCACCACCAGGCGGUUUCAGGAUUAUGGUAGUUCCUCAUCCUACCACACUCGUCGACAUGGCUUUGUGCCACCGACUAAUGUCAACAAUCUGUGAUUCGUAGCGCCUCCAACGUUCACUACAAAGUCGUGACAAAAAAUAGGCCUCCAUUUCCAAAUAUAUUUAUAGACUGUUUGGAGUCAGUUGAAUAAAGUGAGAAGAUAAAGGUAUUAUACUAGCAAAACUUGACGAACUGUAAUAAAGCAAAUACUGCGGGGCACAACAUUGACUACUUGCAAGAGAGAAAAACAUAUUGAUAGACCUGACCUAAUGACAGCCUGUUGUUGCUUAGCUACCAAAUGCAAAAUCUUACUUGGGUAAACUUAUGGAAUUUCAUUCAAAAAUUUCCUACUCCUGGGGCGUGUGUUUGGGAUGAAGUGACACCACAAAUCUGAAUCCAUGUUACGUUAUUAAUUUGGGUGUUGCUUCUUGUCAUUGCUGGUUCACUUACAUCUAAAGGAACCCAAGUGUCACAGUUCCAACUUAUGGAAUGGUUUAAAGCGCCCAGGAGACAAUUCAUACUGACUGAAAGCGCCUUUCCAUAUGCACGUCCACACUUGCGCCAAGUGUUGUGUAUCCAUCAACGCAGGAGAGAUUGUUUGACGGUCGAACGCAACGCACAAUUAUAUUUUGUUAAUGGAGUCGAUUUUUGUGUCAAUGAAAGUGAAACACGCGAACACAUCGUGUAUGCAAAGCACCCCCCAACAAACAUAUGGAAAGGCGCCUUAACCUCUGCGUGAGUCACGUGGUCUGAAAAGUACGAACGAAAUAAUGGAUGCAUUACGGACCAUCUCCUUGGACAUAUUAGUGUCGUGGAUUAGAACAACCAAUUCAUGCAUAUUCUGGGGUUCUCUCGUUCAAAAUAUUAAAAACCAAUCGAGUGUUGUAUUUUGUAUGUUUAUUUUGUUUUACCCAUUUUGUUACAAAUGUUACAUCUUAUGCCCAGCACACUAAUGAUUGGGACAUGUGGUGAAGCGCGUGGAGAAUAUAUCCUACUUUGCAAAGUCAUGUAUUCCAUUCCUGAAGUAAAAUAUACGUAAAAGAAACUUUAAGUUGAAAAGGGGUAUAUAAGUGUCAUGGCCAUGGAUAAUAUAUAGUUUUUUGUUUAAUUUAGGGGGAGUUAUCAGUUUUUUCUCGAAGCAAUUGUGUAAUGCAUUCAGUACAUUCAAUGAUCUGAGAAGUGCCAUCUUCUUCAGCCAAGAGUCCAAUGCGAUUACUGAGCCGUGCUAAUCUUGUCUGGUACACUUUGCAGCAUUCCUUGUUCAAAGGUUGGAUAAGAGAGAUCAAAGCCCGUUCUACCAUUUAGCACUCUGUCCCGUGUCACGCCUUCUCCCCCUUAAAAGGAACUCGAUACAGACCUGAUACAAGAAACUUUUACUGUGUAUGGCAAUUCUCGUAUUGUAGCGAAAGUGAUAGCAGCUGAUUAAGUACUUUUUAAAGGUCAUAUCGAAUUCAUGUCAUGUUCUUUAAUAUUAUAAAGCUAACACUGUAACUUUUGCUUGUGAAAAUAAACAUAAACACAAUGACUGCACACCCCAUCAAGAAACAUUAA